AUGAAACAUGUCAAUUCUAUACAUUUCGCCAAGAAGGAGGCGAGAAAGAUUAAUGAUGUUUUUCUUAUAACGUUUAUGGAUUCGCACUUGCAUUUCAAGUGUGGAAAUAUGAAGUCAUCAAAAAACUUUGUCCCUAAAUUCUUCAGUAGGAAGGAGCUUAAUGAGCCUCUACACCCAAGGAUAUUAGUCUAUUAUUCCAACAAGAAGAACACCUUGCAGGAGAUAAAAUGGGGGGAGGGGAAUAGAAUCAUCCCUGAAGGUGAAGAUGAAGAUGAAGAACCUAAAGAACCUAUUCCCAAACCUGCCAACAAGAAGAGAAAGGCUGAAGAUGGAGAUCAAGAUGUAGAUACUACUCUCAAACCUGCCAACAAGAAGAGAAACACUAGUAAAAAAUGCCCAAUUGCCGAGACUUAUCUCCGAGAGCAUUCUAGCGCUCUUGAAUCUACUCCUAAACAUGCUCCCAAACCUGCCAAAAGUCUUAGUCCCCCCACUGCGACGUCAAAUAAUGCAUCACUUGCACCUGCUGUUGGAUGUAAAUGUGAUGAGCUGAAGGAGGACGUCAAAGAUCUGAAAAGAGACAUAAUGGAGAUGAAGCCGAAGUUUGAUGAUGAGAAGGAGAAUGAGAAUGAAGAUGAGAAGAAGAAGAAGAUGAAUGAGGAUAUGGAGAUUGAAGAGAAGGAGAAUGAAGAUGAAGAGAAUGAGAAGAUGAAGGAGAUGAUGAGAAGAAAAAGUAGAAUGAAGAUGAGAAGAAGGAGAAUGAAGAUGAGGAUAAGGAGAAGAUGA